CAAUUGCCUUAAUAUUCUAUCUUAGGGUAAGCAAAGCAAAGAGAUUACGAAUACAAAUACAAAGACUUUUCCUUAACGCUCACAAAUCAAUUUAAUAAAUUCAUAAAAAUCAAGAAACAAACAUCUCUGUUUAAGCUUUGUUUUUGUAACUUGUUCUUUCGUUAGUUGUCAAAAAUACUCUCUUUCUCUCCUCGCAGGCAAUUCUACGCUACUCUCUUCCUCUCCCUUUCUUUGCGUUUACAAAUCUAAGCGACACAACCCCGCGAAUCCUAUUGACUUUCAGAUAGCCUAUGCUAAUACUUCUAUCAGUAAAGCAACUAUUCACAAGUGAAAAUUCAUUUGAGACAAAGUGAAGCAGUGAUUAAUAUGUCUGAGCUGAUUGAUGGUCUUCCAGACGCCAUUGCUAUUAGGUGCAUUGCACGAGUUCCCUUCUACCUCCAUCCCAAGUUAGAGCUUGUUUCUCGAUCAUGGCGAGCUGCCAUACAUAGUUCUGAGCUGUUUAAAGCACGGGAAGAGGUUGGUUCAGCAGAAGAGCUGCUAUGCGUGUGUGCUUUUGAUCCAGAGAAUUUGUGGCAGCUGUACGAUCCUCUUCGAGAUCUUUGGAUUACUCUGCCUGUGCUGCCCUCAAAGAUCAGGCACCUAGCCCACUUUGGUGUCGUCUCUACUGCUGGAAAACUAUUUGUGCUUGGUGGUGGUAGUGAUGCUGUAGACCCAUUGACAGGUGACCAGGAUGGAAGCUUUGCAACCAAUGAAGUCUGGUCGUAUGACCCUGUAAUCCGACAGUGGGCUCCAUGUGCAUCCAUGCUUGUUCCCCGUGCAAUGUUUGCAUGCUGUGUUUUAAAGGGGAAGAUAGUAGUUGCAGGUGGCUUCACCAGCUGCCGAAAGUCAAUAUCUCAAGCAGAAAUGUAUGAUCCAGAGAAAGAUGUCUGGAUGCCAAUUCCUGAUCUUCAUCGCACUCACAAUUCAGCAUGCUCUGGAGUAGUUAUUGGGGGAAAGGUGCAUGUCUUGCACAAGGGCUUAUCAACGGUGCAAGUAUUAGACAAUGUAGCGUCUGGAUGGACAGUUGAGGAUUAUGGUUGGCUUCAAGGUCCAAUGGCAGUUGUUCAUGGGGCCUUAUAUGUGAUGAGCCAUGGACUGAUUUGCAAACUGGAGGGGAAAAUGAGGAAGGUUGUGGUUUCUGCAUCUGAGUUCCGGAAACGUAUUGGAUUUGCAAUGAUUGGGCUUGGAGAUGAAAUCUAUGUGAUUGGAGGAGUUAUAGGCCCUGACCGAUGGAAUUGGGAAAUCAAGCCAAUGUCAGAUGUUGAUAUAUUGACAUUUGGGGGUGAGAGGCCAACUUGGCGCCAGGCAGCUCCAAUGACUCGGUGCCGUGGUACAAUACUUGGAUGUACACAGCUGAGAAUUUAGGUUUAUGUUACAUGAUUUGUUGCUUUGUUGUGAAAAUUAUGCUGUUGCCAAGGCAUUGAUUUCCCUCCUAUUUUGCGAGGAGGAAUGUAACUUUUCUCUUUGGCUUCCUUGUUUGUUUGUAGGCCAUAAUCUUUGCCCUUGAGAUUUCUGUUGAUGUUAGGGUGUUGGGGAUUAAACUCCCAUUCUGAGGGCACUGGAGGUCUUGAAGCAGUUUAACCAACGUAUGAUACAUGGAAUUUUACUAAUAGGAAGGACGAGGAACCAUUUUCUUUCCCCAUUUUUGUUCCUCCUUUUUUGGAUAUUUUAAGUGACCAAAUUGUUUGCCAGUCA